AAACUGGGAGGGGCUGAAAGCCCGGGCGAGUCCCGGCGUGUGGCCGGGCAAUCACAAGGGGCACUGAGGAUCAUCCUGAGAUGAGACUCGCCUAAGUCCCCAAAGCCAGGGGAGGCACAUAAUCGACAUCGCUUCCCCCUCUCACCAGCCCCAGGGCCAGGCACCUUCAGGAAUUAGGAGCCAGCAUCUCAGUGCUGCAGCCUUGGUUUCUCUGGCGAAACACCCAUGGGAGGCUGGUUCAAGGCGUUACAGUUCUUAACUCUGAGUCACCACCACCUACCCACCAUGUUGAAGAUCUCAUUGCUUGCAAGGGACAACAACAGCGAGCCCAAGUCCUUGGAUGAUGGGUCCAAGUCACUCUCGGAGAGUAGCAGCAGCAUCACUUCAGAGAAUGUCCAUCCCCCAGAGGAAGCCAAUGGAUUAACGAUGAUGCAAACCUUGAUUCACUUACUGAAAUGCAACAUUGGCACAGGGCUUCUGGGGCUUCCUCUGGCCAUGAAAAAUGCCGGCUUAUUGGUCGGUCCCAUCAGCCUGCUGGCCAUUGGGAUCCUCACCGUGCACUGCAUGGUCAUCCUGCUGAACUGCGCUCAUCACCUAAGUCAGAGACUGCAAAAGACGUUUGUGAACUACGGAGAGGCCAUGAUGUAUGGCCUCGAAACCUGCCCAAACGCCUGGCUGAGGACCCACUCGGUGUGGGGGAGGUACACGGUCAGCUUCUUAUUAAUCAUCACGCAACUGGGCUUCUGCAGUGUUUAUUUUAUGUUUAUGGCAGACAAUUUACAGCAGAUGGUAGAAGAAGCCCACGUGACCUCCAACACCUGCCAACCCAGGAAGAUCCUGGUGCCGACGCCCAUCCUGGACAUUCGCGUCUACAUGCUGACAAUCCUGCCCUUCCUGAUCCUGCUGGUGUUCAUCCAGAACCUCAGGGUGCUGUCCGUCUUCUCGACACUGGCCAGCAUCACCACCCUGGGGAGCAUGGCGCUGAUCUUUGAGCAUAUCGUGCAGGAGAUUCCAGAUCCCAGGAACCUGCCCUUGAUGGCAAGCUGGAAGACCUUCUUGCUGUUCUUCGGAACAGCCAUCUUCACGUUUGAAGGCGUCGGUAUGGUUCUGUCUCUCAAAAACCAGAUGAAGCAUCCACAGCAGUUUUCUUUUGUUCUGUACUUGGGGAUGUCCCUUGUCAUCGUCCUCUACAUCUGCCUGGGGACACUGGGCUACAUGAAGUUUGGGUCGAACACUCAGGCCAGCAUCACCCUCAACCUGCCCAAUUGCUGGUUGUACCAGUCAGUCAAGUUGAUGUACUCCGUUGGCAUCUUCUUCACCUAUGCCCUCCAGUUCCAUGUCCCAGCUGAGAUCAUCAUCCCCGCCGUCAUCUCUCAGGUGUCAGAGAGCUGGGCGUUGUUUGCAGAUCUGUCUGUCCGCACAGCCUUGGUCUGUCUCACCUGUGUCUCGGCCAUCUGCAUCCCCCGCCUGGACCUGGUCAUCUCCCUGGUGGGCUCCGUGAGCAGCAGUGCCCUGGCCCUCAUCAUCCCACCCCUCCUGGAGCUCAUCACCUUUUACCCUGAAGACAUGAGCUGUGUCACCAUUGCAAAGGACAUCAUGAUCAGCAUCCUGGGCCUUUUGGGGUGUGUAUUUGGAACGUACCAAGCCUUCUAUGAGUUGAUCCAACCCAUCAACCGUUCCAUAGCCAACUCCACAGGUGUCUAUGCAUAAUUAUCUAUUUUUAUUCUGAUAGUUCUCCCUUACUCUCGUACCCAAUUUGACUUCUGUUGUGAUUGUUAUGUACAUUCAUCAAACCGCAACAUCUCUAUAUUAAUUAGCGGCUUCAUCUUUCCAAGAGAAAUGUAGAUAACACAGGUCAGUACUGAUACUUCUCAGGCUAUGUCUUUUCUGGUUUUUGGAUUUCUCUGGAGGCCUUUUGUCCCUCUGAACCAAAACCACGUUCAACCAUUCAUAUUAUCAGCCUCAUUUAAAGGGAAAAAGGAUGCCAUGUGCCGAUGACAUUCCUGGAAACAGAGACAAAGCAAAAAUAUAAAUGCAAAAGGAGCUGUUUUCUCUAUUCUGCAGUAACUGCCCUUAAAGCAUCAGGUUCAGAAAAGUGUAUGUUGUGGGGAGAGGAGUUUCUGUUAUUUGUUUUUGUUUGUUUUUUUUUUGGCUCCGUUGGGUCUUGGUAGCUGUGCACGGGCUUUCUCUAGUUGUAGAGAGCGGGGACUACUUUUUGUUGCAGUGCGCAGGCUUCCCGUUGAGGUGGCGUCUCUUGUUACAGAGCACAGGCUCUAGGCGCUCGGGCUUCAGUAGUUGCAACACACGGGUUUAGUAGUUGUGGUGCACCGGCUUAGUUUCUCCGUGGCAUGUGGCAUCUUCCUGGACCAGGGCUCGAACCUGUUGUUCCCUGCAUUAGCAGACAGACUCUUAACCACUGCGCCACCAGGGAAGUCCCAACAUGGUUGAAUCUUAAAAUAAUCAUAUUCAGUGACAGAAUCCAGAUUUUUUUUUAAAAAAGGUAGAAAUUUUAUCAUUCUACUCAUGUAAAAGUUUAAAAAAUGCAACCUAAUCUGUAGAGACAGAAAGAGAUAUGAGGAAACUUUCAGAAGUGAUGGAUAAUAUGUUCACUAUUUUGAUUGUGAGGAUUGUUUCCCACGUGUGUGUAUAUAUGUCAAAGUCUAUCAAAUUGUACAGUAUGUACAGUUUUAUUAUAUAACAAUUAUAACGCAAAGAUGUGAAAAAUAGAAUGUGAAGCAUGAUGCCAUUUUGGUUCCUUUUAAAAAAGCAGUCAUUUGCAUAUAGUCAAACAGUUUUGAAGGAUAUGCAUAACAAAAUGUUAUGGGAAUUUUCUCCAACUGGGUUCAAUUAUAAGUGAAAUUUUACGUUUUGUUGUUGUUUGGGGGGUUUUUUUGUUUUUGUUUUGCUUACCUGUGUUAUAUUUUUAGCAAUGUGUUGAUUUUAUAACUAAAGAAACUUCACAUGAGGGAAAAUUUUAAUGAUUGGUGCACUCUAAUGCAAGCACCACUUUUUAAAAACAUUUUAUGGUGAACUAUAAUACCCAUACAGGAGGGUAUGCAAAGCAUAAAUCUACAGUAGAAUGAGUCUUUCCAGGUAACAUCACUUUCAACCUCACCUUCUAUGGCCUAAAUAACAGGAAUCCCAGCUAGGGUUAGCAGAGUUCUCAGCCUGCAAUGCGUCUCCAUUCAUUUUCCAUGGUCAGAUGUCAAGCAACCACCUCUCAGAGGAGAUGUGAAGUAGCUAUGGCAUCAUGAAGGAAACGGAGGUAGAGAGGAGCAUCCUACCACUAUGUAAGAAAGCUAUAUGCCAGUAGUAAGAUCUUUGCUCUUUGGGGACUCAGACCAUGAGCCUGGAGCAGGUAAGGCUUUUAGGGAAUAUAUGGAAGCCUUACUGUAGAAUAUAGAACAAUAAAAUGCAUAUAAGACAGUGGUUUAUAACUUUUGGAGGGGUCCUACACCUUGUUGAUGCUAAUGAAAGCCAUGGGUCCUCCUUCCAUAACAUUCACAUAUAUGCAUACAUACUAAAUUUUGCAUGCAACUUUAAGAGCAAUGACAAACCACAUGAAACAGACCUUGGGUUGCAAAAGAACCUCUGGAAAAAGAAAUGCAAGAAUUUCUGCUUCUCGUGGCAUUGAAUAAUAAUGUGCAGACAGUGGAUACCCAACCCUGGCACUAAGGUUUGAAUGCAGAAUGGGGCGAUAUUCAAAAUCAGACGG